AUGCCCGCGGCGUCGCGCACGGCGCUGAGCAUGCGCCCAGCGUCGGUGCGCCGCGGCAGCGGUGGAGGCGCCGACCGGCAAACGCUGCUGCACUUAGCCGGGAUGAUGGUGUUCUCGUACGUGUGGAUGUGGCACCUGAGCGAGCGCGCGCAGUCCCUCCCCGGCGCGAGCGGGUUCGGGUGGUUUUUCCGCUACAUGACAUUCUGCAGCUUCACGCUGCAAACCAUCACCUCCAUCCUCCAGGUCCUCGCCGACCUCAGCCAGGAGCACAAGGCGCCGAAGAUGUUCCGCCUCACCGUCCGCCUCGUCGACGACCUCUCCUGCUUCACCUUCGCCGUCGCCUGCACCGUCACCGUGAUGUAUUACGGCGUCGAGAAGUCGAUGAAGGGCGGUGCAGUGAGCGUCGAAGGCGGGGCGCACGACCGCCCGCCGUGGCUCAACUGGGCCGUGCACGUCCUCAACUCGAUCUACGCCGCCGCGGACGUCCUGCUCAGCGAGCCCCGGACGUUCUCGCUCACCGCUGCGGGGUACGUUGCUGCCUUUUGCGUGGCCUACCCCAUCUGGCUCCUCGUCAUCAAGCAGGUCAUGAGCUCGUUCCCGUACCCUAUCCUGGAGAAGCUGCCCUUCCCGCACGGCUUCAUCUUCCUCUCCCUCGCCGGGUGGAUCUCCAUGCUCGCCUUCUUCUACACGGGCCGCUUCUUCCACCGCGUGACGUCGCGCAACGCCCCGCCCAGCCCGAGCGGGACGCCAACCGCCGCCGAGGCCAAGCCGCGGCGGCGCGCGCGGCCCGACGCGUCGGAAACGGUGGUGGUGGGGCACGACGCGGCGGCGGCAGAGAAGACGGUCGAGGGCGGCGGCGGCGCGCUGCCGCAGAACGGGAAGGUCCGGAGGGGCAAGGGCGCGGUGGCGGAGGGGGGCGGCGCGGAGCCGAUCGCGGCGCGGCUGCGGCCGAGGCGCGCCAGCAGUCCCAAGAAGCGGGUGCUGACACUGCCCGCCGAGUUCGGAUGA